ACAUUUGACAUUUGCCACGGCCGAAGACCUUUCAAACCUGGAAAUUUUCUACGCUCGGCUCACAGUCGGCUACAUUUUGCAAAUUCGCGAUUCCGUUGUUGGGCUCGUUCUGUGUUUCUCGUUGCCGUCGCGCUGUCCGUGCUGCCCGUCAAGUUCAUUAUCAAAAGUUUUUCACUUUCAUGUCGCAAUCGGGACCGCAUCUGUCCAGCAAAUCGGAAUUUCCCUGAGUAAGGUUGCAAGUGGCGUAGUCGCGGCGCAAACGAGGAAAAUCUCGGCUACUCCCUGGUGUGUGGCUGAUUGCUGGGCGGCGGACAUUUGCUCCUGAGAUUUUUCUGUCAAAUUGGACAUAGGAGGCGACAGGGAUCUCGGCGCUCCAUCGAUGUAAGGACCAGAUUGUCAGGAUUCCGGGCAUAAUUCGUGCGGCAAGAGUAGAUAUCUGACGACAGCGGGACGAGACUACGAAAAUGGCGACAACAUCACUAACAUUAGUCGAAAACCUUUUAAACGAAUUCUAUCAUCCAGCCACGAUAAAUUGGCGUAAACGUGAAAUCGAAAUUGAACUAAACACUUUCAAAAGCGAUCCUACAUUCUGGGAGCAAUGUCUCUGCUCUCUACAGAAUUUCUCAAAUCAGUUCCUAUGGUUUUUUAGCGCAUCAACAAUAGAAUUUAUGAUAACGCGACGAUGGCAAACUUUACAGCAAAACGACCGUUUACGAAUACGAGAAACGUUGUGGCAAACGUAUGCAAAUCUGCCAAUCGAUGUGCCGAGGAAACAACGUGAUACAAUUGCACAAUUAAUAGCAUUGUUGGGGAAGCGCGAAUUUCCCGACGAUCAUCCGACAUAUAUGAAUCAUAUUUUAGAGUUGCUGAAGAAGAAAUUUCCUUUGGGAGUGACGCUGCUGCGGACGACAUCGGAAGAAUUAGUUAGUUCAAAGGACGGCAUCAGUUCGGACCGAAAGAAAUAUUUUCAAUCGUGUAUGGCGUUGUGCAUGCCCGAAGUGAUAGACGUCCUAGGAAAAUACUUGGCCAUUUCAGUGUGUCGUUUAAAUGGUACUGAUCUUAGUUUAAUCCCAAAUAAUCUAGUAGAUAUGAGCUUGCAAGCAUCACUGCCGAAUGACAAUCGAAUAAGUAUAUCAUCUAUUGAAUUGCUCACAUGCAUUCAACAUCUGUUCUCGUGGAUUCCACUGGACGAAUUGAUCUCAGAAUACUUUCUAGUAAGCAUUUUCGAUUUGGCACGAUGGCGGGAGCAUCAGUGUGAAGUUUCAGUUGCAGCUCUGGCCGCCAUCAACGAAAUAUUCUAUCUUCAAAGAGCCAUACCACAACCAAAAACUGUUAUGAACAGUGUCAAGGGGCUAUUGGAGCAAAGUAACUUAGAAAAGUCGGAUGAAAGGUAUCAGGACAAAUUCACAGAAUUAUUACGGUUGUAUACAACCAAGUGCUGGUCAAAACUUAUUGACGAUGAACACGCAUUCGCUCCUAUUAUAUUAGCUCUCUAUAGAUAUACAUUUGCUGGUUAUGGCGCCCUUGCUUUCACGGAGCGCUUAGAAAUCUGGACGCCAAUCCUCAAAGGAAUGACUCCGAAUACUCUAAGACAGUAUGCAGAAGUCGUCAAUAUGCUAGUGAAUGGGAUCCUCAGAAAAAUGCAAUUCCGCUUCGAUCAAGAGCAAGAGCUGGACACGUUAGAUAACGAGACUUUAGAUGAUAACAUGGAAACCGAUUGGCAACACUACUUGACGCAAUGCAUUGAGACAAUUGCACUCGUGGCUGAAAUUGAACCACUUCCGGUAUUCCAACAAGUUUUUAUAGACUGGCAGCGACCCUUCGACAUUUUUAUGUCUUUGGAAAAGGCCAUAGAUGGGAAAUUCCUUGACAUAAACGAUCAGACGAAGUGCCAUUUUUUACAUUGUAUCCUGCGAGAUUUAUCGUCGUUGUGUCAAACAUUAGUUCGUUUAGCACCAAUUCUUGAAGGAUUCACGGACAAAGCUCCGGAAAAUCUGAUUCAGAUGACACACUGUCUGUUGUUCGGUGUGAAGUCUUUAAGUAGUAAAAAAUUCAAUUGCUUAUAUGUGGAUAAUUCGACGCUUAUGACUGAUUUUGUUGAUUUAUUCUCACAAGUUUUGUCAGCUAUUCGUAGUUUGCUCGCCUGGUCGCCAGUAUUAAAGUCGGAGAAUGAAAUGAAGGAGUUGAUAGAGAAUGUUGGUCAGAUCUUGUUGCCGACAGGUCAGCAAGAAUCGCGUAUAGUCACCCUUGCGGCAGCGCAACUUCUCCUUAGCAUAACAUCUGUGAUUCGGCCGAAAUAUUUAGUUGAAUGCCAUUCCAUUAUACAAUUAAUUCAAGCCGGCACAUCGCUGCCGCAUCUAUCGAAACAGGUUGUCGUUAUAGUUUAUGAGAUGUUGAUAAAUUGCUUCGUUCUUCCUUGGAAUAAUGUUACAAAUCAAGACUUCGAUAAGCGUAACCUCGUUCUACAAGAGUACGUGAACUGCUUAGCUCAGGAUUUUAUGAGUCUUGAUAGUAAUAUCGCAAAUUCAACGAUUGCAACGGUCAGUUGUCAGGAGUCGAAAAUGUUGACUAUAGCAACUUCAACGUUACCAAUACUGAAGGAGGUUGUAGAGUAUUUCAAAGAUAGUAGCUCGGCUGUGAAACAUAUGCUAACGGAUGCAUUUAAGCCUAUUAUCACUAAGUCAUUGUCGCUGUUUAGCAACUACGGAAGUGCCAGUGUCGAUUUAAGUAAUGUAAUUGCAGAUUUUUCUUUGAGUGUACUUAGAACAUUACAAAUUCAACUUGGUGGAAUUUAUGUGAGGGACAUGCUUAGUGUUUUCAUUCAGUCAUCAACUAGGAAACAAUUAACGGUCUGUCAACUGAAAGUUAUGGAGAAAAUUCUUCAAAUGCUAUUGCUUGUUGUCGAACAGCCAAGCACGCCAUCCUCUCUUAUUUCACCGAUUCUCACGCUAUCACUGGAUCAUGUACUUCCCCUCCUCAUGACUGGCAAUAAUCUUUUGGAUCAUUCCGAUGUGGCGUAUAUUCUAUAUUCUCUUUUCGAUGGAAUCCUUCAUCACCGUUGGCAAUACUUCUACAAAUCGCAAGUUCUUCGUGGAUUUUCGCCGGGUGCCAGUGACUUUGUCACUCCCACGGACGACGCACCACAGCAUGCCGAGCAAUUUUUAGCGAUUUUAACUUCCUAUGGAAGAGCACUUGUUAAUGGAAACGAUCCGCACAUAACACGAACUGUUCUCACUUCCUUGCAAAGUCUGAAUGAUCGAUGGAAACUGUUUCAUCGGGACUUCUUCAAAACAAAUCUACUCACAUCAUUCCAAUGGGUUAUAAUCAACACCCUACUAUCAUCGGAAGGUGCACUGAACUACGAGCUCUUACUUAGUGUUCUGUUCGCAAUGGGACAAGUGAAUAUAUCAAAACUGCACGAGAGCUUUGUGUCAGUUGGCUACUCGGCCGAAUCAAAACUAUUGGAAGAUAUCUGCUUAGCGACGGACUUACCGACAUUCUCACAAAAAAUGGAUCAACUCAUCCAGGACAACCGAUGCAUACAACUUUCACAACCUGUCGCCGUGGCCAAUAACCAGUUUUAGCAUUCAUUAACAUUCUCAGUUCGCCACAAUGAGCCGCAAGCAAGAUUAAGACAAACGAGAAAGUCACUUAUAUGGUAAUGCAAGCAUGUAUGAAUACGAAGCUGCGUUAUUGCAUAGAUAAUAUUUAUCUUAACUAUUCUACUAAUAGGAGCUAAACAAUCUAAAUAUUAUAUUUUACUGUGAGAUAACAAGCCGAAACAAAAUUUUGUGAUAAAUACGAGGUUUUCCUUUCAUUCUUUUGUUUUCGUUUUGCGUUAGAACUCGUCUAUAAAAGCUAGAAUAAAAGAGAGAACCUAAAGGUAUCCAAGUCGCUUUAUUAUUUUUAAUUAUUUCGAUCGAAUAUUGUUAUGAGAACGAAUUCCCAACUUGUUUGACUUCUGAAACGUUAUUUUCGUUUUAUUUCAAUUAUUUUUGUUUUGAGAUUUUCGAGCGCAAAAAGACACCAUCACCGGUGGUGCACAUUUUCUGCUUCAAACACGAAUUCGGUACAAAAUGUGUUGGUCAUGAAUUACCUUAGAUCAAAAUUAGCGUUGCAUUAGCCUUUCAGGUGUUGAAGCAAUUAAUCGAAUUUUUGUCAUGUUAGACUAAAAAACGUGAAGAGUUACGUAUGCUAAAAUUUAUAACACAUUUAGAUCUAAAUUUGAAUAUACGCCGCUGUAUAUACUUAGUGCGAUUUUAUACGUUUGCAAUUCGAUGUAAAUUGGAGUGAAUUAGCUUAUCUUAGGCUUUUGUUUAAGGCCUGUCUGAGGGCAAAUUAAAAAAAGGAAAAAAAAUAAAAUGAAAAAAAUUAAACUAUUCAGAUGAAGUCGAAGAAUAUUAUAUCAGAGAAAUAUUUGUUCGUUUUGUUCUUUUUAUGAAAUAUUCAAAAUUUAUUAUAGAUAUUAAUUCAAUUUAAUAUAACGGAAUAAAAAAGCAAAAAAAAAAAAUACAAUGUACACACUGGUGAUUAUAAAAGACCCGGAUAAAUACGCGUGAUGUUUUUUGUAAAAUAUUGUGUAUCAUUUUAUAUGAAAUGCAUUUCAUAUCUACAUAACAUGUAAGAUAAACAUAAUGAAUAUACAAAGAAAAGUUAUUGGAAAAUUGAAAAAA